UUUGACAUAACCCAUGAACUCUGAAGGUGUUAAUUGCGGCAUGUUGGGAAAUAAGUAACAGUUUGUAACGCGCCGGUAAUAUGUAUAACGUUUGAAUGGAAUGUCACCUACCGUGGAGGUUUUUUUGUAAAAAUUCAUUCAACUGAGUGCUUGUCGUUUUCGGCUCGAUGUGCGUCCGGAGUGCGAGGAGGGAGCAUGCUGGUGCCCCUCUUGAUACUUAGCACCGCCCUCGCGGCAGCCAACACCGGGAAACACGGAGGCGUAGAAGUCCCAGAAUUUGGAGAGCCCAUAACAAACCUGACAGUGCCGCUUGGACGAGACGCCACAUUCGAAUGCAUCGUCGUCAAUCUUGGCAACUACCGGGUGGGCUGGGUGAAGGCGGACACGAAGGCAAUCCAGGCUAUCCACGAACAUGUGAUCACUCACAACCACCGCGUUACGGUGUCCCACAGCGACCACUCCACCUGGUACCUCCACAUCAAGAACGUGCAAGAAGAAGACCGGGGGCAAUACAUGUGUCAAAUCAACACGGACCCCAUGAAAAGCCAGAUGGGAUACCUAGACGUGGUGAUCCCUCCAGAUUUUAUUCCCGAAGAAACUUCGGGAGACACGAUGGUUCCCGAAGGAGGCACUGCCAGAGUGUCCUGUCGAGCGAGAGGCGUUCCUCCUCCUCGCGUGAUGUGGAAACGGGAGGAUGGACAGGAUAUAGUGGUCAGGGACAACACUGGCGCGAAAAGCAAAGUGCUAACGUACCAAGGUGAAGUGUUGAAGUUGUCGAAGAUAUCGCGUUCUGAAAUGGGCACGUACUUGUGUAUCGCCAGCAACGGCGUGCCGCCCACGGUCAGCAAGCGGAUACACAUUAGUGUACAUUUUCACCCCGUCAUUCAAGUACCAAACCAGCUGGUGGGAGCUCCAUUAGGAACUGACGUCACUCUCGAAUGCUACGUCGAAUCUUCUCCAAAAUCCAUCAACUACUGGGUGAAAGACCCCGGUGAGCUGAUAAUACCAUCUGAGCAUCAUGAGAUGACGGUCAGGCAGAAAUCGGUCUUCGAAGCUGAGAUGACGAUGACUAUCAAGAACAUUCGUAGGGAAGAUUUAGGGAGCUACAUUUGCGUCGCCAAAAAUUCGCUCGGAGAUGUCGAAAGCAAAAUUAGAUUAUACGAAAUACCUGGCAACGACAGACACGUGUACCAAUACGCAGAAGUCCCCACCGAAGAAGACUACGGCACCGAAACUUACGACGAAGAGGACAACGAAAAUAUCAAAAGCAAUCGCGUCCCAGACCGCGCUAACAAAUGGUACGCCAAUGACGGCAAAAUUGUAGUGGCCAGUACCAACGCGGGCCCGGCUGCAGUGGCCGCGAUAACUGUAAUCUUCAUCAAUUGCCUAAUGAUAAUUUAAUUCUAAUAGAAACUCCUAAAAAAGGCUUAAAUUGUUUGUUUGACUUAAUUUGUGAUUUGACUCAGGCCUUUGUUUAACUUUUCGAUAAAAUAGUAGUGGCCAGUAUUAAUGCGGGCCAGGUUAUGAUUGUCACAGUAACAGUAACUAAUUCAAGAUCAUUUAAUAAUAGAAACUACAUAGCUUUCUUCAACCAACAUUUGAGAUUUAAAAGACGACUUUGAUUAACCUUUUCAAAUAUAAUUUUUGUAUUAUUGAACUUGAAAGAUGUUUUUAUUCACGAACAAAAAAUCAUGGAACAUGCUAAUAAAUAUUUAAUGCCUAUGAGCGACGGCGCCCGAAAUACAUAUUUUUAGAUUGAAAUAAUUGUUUCCAAAUAGUUAACUUUUAAAUUGACUGUUCUUUUUUGCAGUUAUCAUCAAAACAGUAAUAUGUAUUUUAUUUUAAUACUUUUUUUAUAUUACAGCAUUGUGUAACGUGAUAAUAACUAGUUAUUAAAUGAUGUAUAUACUUAUAUUAGGGAAUAUUGAAUGCAUUAUAUUAUAAUAUCACUACUUCGAACACUUACUGUUAAAAAUAAUGUAUCUAUCGAAGUACUGUUUAUAUUGAAUGUGCCAUGUAAAUUGCUAAUAUUUUAAAUAGAGACGUCUAUACCAUAGAGUUUUUAAAAUGAUCGUAAAUUUUUAAAUGUAAAUAUUGAAAACAUUCCAUUUAAACUGUUACGAAUAGGGAAUUUCCUAAUACAUUUGGAAAUACAAAUAAAUAAUUGAAAGGCUUUAAGUGUCUUUCCACUUAUUUACAGUGCUUACACUUCAUUUGCAACUUCUUUUGGUAUAUUAAGGAUUACUUUUGGGAGGUUUAUUUUAUAAAUAUAAAGGUCAUAUUAUCAACUGGACAUAUGAUUAAACAACUUGUUUCACGUACAAAACGUAAAAAAUUAAAUUUCAUAUACAUUUUUUUAUCUAUUUAAUCUGUCUUUACUGUGUUCUAGGUAUAAGGUCAACGUUCAGUCACUCCACGUUAAAGCUAAUUAUAUAGCCGCGUUAACUUUUAACGAGUGACCUAAAUAUAGUUGCAAAUGGAGUAUAUUUCUGAAUGUCUCUAAAUAGCAUAGUGUAAAUCUGUAUAACUUACUUCUUCCCAACAAUGUACGUUACCCGAUCGUUACAAAAAAUUAAA